UCGCAGUUGAAGAGAUGCGUCACUGUCAGUAAUUGUGUGACGUCAGUCGAACUCGGUCAUAUAUACGCUUGUGUCGUAAACAUUGUGGAAGAAAAUACAAUAUUUUCUUACAAUCGUGGUGUUAAUUUCAAAGUGUGAUACAUAUUUUGAAGUAGUGCUAUUAAAAAAAUCAAAAUGCCUUGCGUAGUAAUAUUCGGAAAGCAUUUUACCACGGACGUAGAUUGCACGGAUGUGUUAUCGUUGAAACGUGAGAUUUCGCAAAAACAUGGUGUUCCAGUAGAAGACUUAUUGGCUACGCUUAAUGGAAGGCUCGUGUCUGAUGAUUACGACAUCUCGGGCAGCAACGAUGUGGUCCGGUUGUCUACUAAACUUGUUGGAGGAAAAGGUGGGUUCGGAUCUAUGUUACGUGCCAUUGGUGCACAAAUAGAAAAGACCACGAACCGUGAAGCUUGCAGAGACCUGUCCGGCCGUCGCUUGCGUGACAUUAACGAGGAAAAAAGGCUUAGAAAAUGGCUCGAAGGCCAAGAAGAAAGGGAAAAAGAAGCUGCUGAGCGAAAACAGAAAAAGCUUGAAAGGCUUGUUGCAGAACCUAAAAUUGAAGUGAACUUAAACGCCUCAUAUGAGAAGGAGCGUCAGGAUCUACCAGAGCGUGUGAGUUCUGCUGUGGAGGCUGGGUGGCAGGCAGCAGGAUCCUCAAACACUUUGAAACGGAAGUCAGAUAGUGACAAGGCUAAACCAAAGAAAGCUAAGCUUUGGAUUGAUGCAGAGUUGUCUGACUGCUCAUCUCUGAGUGAGGAUGAAGAGGAGGAUGAGAAGACAUCAAGUCCUGGUCAGCAGGUGUCCACAGACAGUGGGAAUGAGUCUGACAAGGCAUCAACAAAUAGUAAAUAACAGAAUGUGUGCAAGUGACUGUAUUUUGUUCAAUAUGUUAUAAUUUUACUCUAAUUUCACAUAAAAAUGUGUUUUUCUUGUGUGAAAGUAAUUUUGUAAUUAUACUGUAAAUGUUAUCUUAGUUAAGUGUGUAUUUUAGUUUGUAAACAUAACAUAAAAUUACAGUACAUGAUUUUAAAUUAUGGAUCUUGGAAUCACAUAAAAACCUGUGUAAGUUAGUAAUGUUCAGGAGUAUUGUGUAAUUUCCAUUACUACAAUGUUUGAGACCUAUUUUUUUGUAAAAGCUGUCUUUUGUUUACUUCAUCAUUAUAUCAGCCAAAAGACGUCCACUGCUGAACAUAGUUAGGCCUCCUCCAAUUACUUCCAGAUAGGCUGGUUGGAAGCAACCUGCAUCCAGUGGAUCCUGGCGGUUUUUGUUUACUUGACCAGUUUAAAUUGUAAAAAAUGGGUUUGAUUGAAUCAAAACCAUUUUUGGAACCUAAAUUAGUAUUGUUGUAUAGAAAAACAUUGUAAUAUUACAACUUACUGUUCAUAAUUAUGUCUGUUUUGUUAUUUUGUGUAAAUUCUUAAGAUUAGGUUAAUUUUAUUUGUAAAACUAUGUAUAAAAAUACUUUUUGUAAAUAUAUUCAUAGCUUACAUAA